AGGGCACUGUCCUCAAGAUGGGGGUCUGGCUGCUCUGGAACGAGGGGACCUUGGAUCGGGAACCUAGACCACACUGCAGCCAGCGGCGGAGAGGAGACAUGGCACCCUGGCUCUGGAGAAGGCUGCGUGGCAAGAGGUGGACAGUGGUGGCUUUCUUCCUGUCAGUGACCCUGUCGGCGAUGACUGUCACCCGCCUUCCCUCAGAGCGUCCAGCCACCCAUCCGAACCUCGGGCCCAUGGAGCCUUGGGGCGACAAGGGUGCCUCCAGGCCUCGUGUCCGGCAGGUCCUGAGCUCAAGCCAGGGGCAGCGGACAAGGACGCAGGAACUCUGGCAGGGCCGGGCUUGGCCCAGAGAGCUCACUGUUGGUGCUGAGAAGCGUGGCCCCCAGGGGCGAAUGGACAGGAGCCACCCACCCCCCAGAAGGGACAGCACACGCCCAAGAAGAGUCAGGAGGGACGUGGCUUUGGCAGGAGACCCAGGACCCCGCACUGAGCAUCUCGUGCUUCUGAGAGAGGAGGUCGCAGACCCAGGAGCUGAAGCCCAGGCCCAGCCUGGGCAUGAGGGUCCUAUGGAGCAAAUACAGAACGGGACAGGCACCUCGGGUAGCCCACAUGCAGGGGCCAACAGGGCAGCUGACGCCCGGCUGACACCUUGGCCCCAUCUGGCAGAGGGCCUGGGCCUGGGGGCCCACCGCUGGCCUGGCUCCAUUGAGGAUCUGCAGGGGUCCGAGUGGUGUGGCCCUGACCCGCCGGCUGUCCCAGGACAGACCCCCCCAUGGCUCACAGAGCACGACGUGCAGGUGCUGCGGCUGCUGACCCGUGGCCGAGUGGUGGGCAAAGCCAGGGUCCCCGGGCACGGGCAGGUGCUGCAGGUCGAGCUGUCUGCUGAGGACACCAGCCAGGACACAGCCCUUCCCAAGCCCGCUCCACGCUGCUCCCGUGGCCUCUGUGGCUUGAUCAAGCGGCCAGAGGACUUGCUUGAGGUGCUGUCCUUCCACCUGGACCGUGUGCUGGGGCUGCGCCGAAGUCUGCCCGCUGUGGCCCGCCGCUUCCGCAGCCCCCUGCUGCCCUACCGCUUCACAGACGGUGGCGCCAGGCCUGUGAUCUGGUGGGCGCCUGACGUGAGGCACCUGGCCGACCCCGAGGAGGACCAGAACUCUCUGGCUUUGGGCUGGCUGCAGUACCAGGCCCUGCUGGCACACGGCUGCAGCGGUGGGCCAGAGCAGGCCCCGUGCCCAGGCAUCCACCACGCAGAGUGGGCACGCCUGGCGCUGUUCGACUUCCUGCUGCAAGUGCACGACCGGCUAGACCGCUAUUGCUGUGGCUUCCAGCCUGAGCCCUCAGCCCCCUGCGUGCAAGAGAGGCUGCGGGAGAAGUGCCGGAACCCGGUGGAGUUGCGGCUGGUACACAUCCUGGUCCGGAGCAGUGACCCAUCUCACCUGGUCUACAUCGACAAUGCAGGCAACCUGGAGCACCCCAAACAUAAGCUGGACUUCCGACUGCUGGAGGGCAUAGCCGGGUUCCCGGAGGCAGCUGUGCGGGUUCUGGCAUCCGGCUGUCUACAGAACCUGCUGCUCAAGUCCCUGCAGAUGGACCCAGUGUUCUGGGAGAGCCAGGGUGGGGCCCCAGGGCUGAACUGGGUCCUCCAGACCCUGGAGCAGCGGGGACAGGUCCUGCUGCGACACAUCCGGAAGCACGCCCUCAGGCUCUUCCAGGAGGAGGAGCUGGGAACCACCACUGCUCUGCAGGCCCGCUCGGCCUCAAGCUGACAGCGUCCAUCCCGGAUGGCUGUGCUUCCUGAAUGCCUGAAAGCAGGACACGGGGGCAUCACGGUGGCCUUCUUGCACUUGGAGCGGUGGAGGCCAGGCUGGGCUUCUGACCUCACCACCUGCCCCUCUGCCUUCUCAGUGCUGGCGCUCAGCUUCCUGCACCAGUAAGCAGACCCAAGGACGACCUGGGAACCGCACCGCACACCUACACUGGUGCAUGGGCUGUGUGCACAGCGGGGAGGCCGUGCAGGUGUGCAGGAUCAGGAGGGUGCAUGCGCGCGCGCGCGCGUGUGUGUGUGUAUGCACGCACCACACACAUGGGCAACAAGUCAAACAAGGGCUGUCCUGAGAACUGUAUAUACCCUUGCCCCCAGGUGCUAAGAAAUUAGGCACAAGCAUUUGUCUUCCUAGGCUUCAAUUCUUAGUUGUUUUGACUGGAAAAUUAUAAAUGCACGCUCACUAAAGCGAAAUUCACAAAUAGAAGCAUAGAAGACAGUGAUUGUCCUAGCAAUUCCCGAGAAAUGAGUCAAACUUGCACUGCAUGCAUAACGCAAACAGCGUGUAGCAGGGUCACACUGCACGCCAGGCCACUGUUCUUACUUUGACCACUGAAUUGGCCAACUUUUUAGUGAUGAUUACAGGGAAUCUCAGCAGGAGUGUGGACUUUAUUCAGCUUUUUUCCCCCAGGAUAAUGGACACUUAAGUUGCAGACACUGCAGCUGUGGUCAGGACUUGGUGUAGGAGUCCCUGCUCUGCCCCGUGGACUUCUGGGUCACACAGCUUGGCAGUUCUUGCAGAGAAACUGCCAAAUGGUUUUCUGAAAUGUGUGUCAAUUUAUACUUCCCCAAGAGGGUAGGAACCGAUUCUGUCCCUGCGCCCCAGCUACACUUGCUCCUCAGAGCUGUUGCUCGUUCCCCGAGGGGAAGCCUACUUUAUAGACCGCCUCUACACGGGUGAAGCGGCCCCUGCGCCUUGCACGGGUCACGAGCACUCGCUGUGGCCAAUCUCCCUGAGAUUUCUGAAUGUAGUCAGUGCGCUCCGGCUCGCCCCCAGGAGGCUUGGUGGCCUGUUCUCUUGCAGCCGGUCACAUGCAGCUCGACUUGGGAGCCUUUGGCCAGGUGGGAGCUUUGUCUUGCUAGCUUCGUGCCCACUCCGCAAGGCUUGUCACUGCCCGGAGCCUGUUAGAGCUGCCUUCAUGGUCACUCUGCACCCACAGGAGAGUUGGAGGAGAGCACUGGGAGCUCCGGCUAACUCCUCUCCUCGCACUCCACGUGGACAGCCUGUUGCGACGGCAUCUGCAUGUAGCCUCCUGUGCUGAUCUGGACGCGCCACGUGCCACCUGGUGUCCCACACGGAGGCCACCGUGAACUGCUCUGUCCCACUAAUUUCUCAUUUCUGCAUCAGUAUGACACUGUUUUAAUGAAGGCUACUCUUGUAGCCACACAGUAGGGCUGGCUCCCAACUUUUCUUCUUUGCUCCUUCCGUGCGUUUGUCUUAAAUAUGGUAUGAACCAAGCCGCUCCUCUCCUGCUGCCCUCCACAUCCCUUGUGGUUUGAUUGGGAUUACAUCAGUUAUACAUUAAUUAGCAUGUGGUCCCCCUGUGCCCUGCGUCCAGCAGUGUCCGGGACUUCUGGUGCUGAGCUAGGUCUUCUGUGCGGAUUCACACGGUAGCUGAGGCAGUGGCAGCUGCGGUGGUGGUCAGGGCAAAGGAACUGACACAAAGGGACACGGAACCUGUGGAGAGGAGCCCUGCCAAUCGUUAGCUAUGCAGAAUGUGGACGAUGGACAGCCCAGCCGCAGAGUGGAGUCCACCUCCCUGGGUGGCUGUGGGCCAGUGACCAGUACACAGGAAAGCUGUGGGUGGCAGCUUUGCCCUGGGAGCACUUAGCAAUCAGCCCCUCCGCACUGAGCCACAGCAUGAGCUGCGCUGCCCCCACCCCAGAUGACCUGUGCUUGUGCUCAUGGGAGCAGAUGCGCUCGACGUGAGUGUAGGGCUGGGCACUGCCGCAGGGGAGGAGCACAGGAUGACAACGGGCACUGGGCUGCAGGGACUGGGCAAUGCCACCACUGUGGACGCUCAGCGCAGUGGUCCUGGGACCCGGGCAGCCCGCUGCAGGCGAGGGGCUGUGAGUGUGGCUCCUUGGGCUGGCGCCACGGCAGCCACGCAGCUGUGGGUCUCAUCUCCUCCCACUCAGCGCUGCCCAGGGAGGACUCCAGGGGUGAGGAUGGUGCCAGACCCUGCGGGGGG